CACACAUUAUCUCAGUGUUCAUUAGUCCGAGAUUUCGUUUAUUUAUUAUUUAUUUUUUUAUGUUUUUUUUUGGGGGGGGGAGAGAGAGGGCUUUGUGAAGUGAAGUUGGCUCUCAUCUCCCGAUUUUUACCAUUUUGUGAACGUUUACCAACCAUCGCUUCACUCAUUUUUACUCUGGAUAAAAAAAAAAAAAACUAACGGAGCCAUUGUUUUCGUCCACAGAAUGUUCAUGUGUCACGUGAACCCGUGAACCAAGAGAGCAAGGAAUUUUUGGAUACUCCGUUGACAAGAGGAUUCAUUACAAACGUUUACUAAAUUGUGAUUCAGUGUAAGGUGAAAUAGACGUCCAACAGUGUUUGUGUGUGAGGAUUAUUAUUAUUAUAUUUUCUUCCCGAGUGAAAGUGAAUGACUGUUUCGUUGACUUUUGUCAUUUCCCGUGAGAUAAACGUGAUAUUAACGGGACAAAUCAAGCAAUAAGUGUAUUUAUCGUGCCCCAUAAGUGGAAAUAUUCUCCCCCUCUCUUCAAUCCUUUAAUUUGGAUUUUGGAUACGAUUUUACUCUUAUGUGGAGUUACGUCGAUUGUGCACUGGAUAUCACUCGUGCUUAUUGUGUAGUGGUAGAUCGUUGGAGCCGUUAACGGUUCGGGGAUAACACAACGUCACGCAAGCGUACACAAACACACGCUCGUGAGAGUACAAACGCUCCUCUCCGUGUUUUUUUUUUCUUUUUUUUUCCCCCCUCAGUCGCUGUGAAAUUCUCAUCGAAACAGAAAAAAAAAAAUUAUCCAAAAUCGUGUGAUUUUAACCUGGAGGUGUUGGGGGAGAUUUUGACUGUGUGAAGGAGUUAAGACAACGUGGUUUAAUUAAUUGUUGUGCGCCGGCCGGCCGGCCUCAAAUAUCCAGGGGGUGUUCAGCUACGAGGGACUGUUUAUAACGACAAAACGGCUGAUAACUGGGCUCUUUGGAUUUAUUAAUCAUAAGACAGAGUAACAGCCUGUAAAACAAGCUGGAAAUAUGAGCAUUGCUGCACUGCUGCAAGCCGCUGAGUACAUUGAACGAAGAGAAAGAGAAGCUGAGCAUGGAUAUGCCUCGACUAUGCCCCUUCCUGAUGAUCUACGGACGAUCACCAAGAGGCCAAAGACGAAAAAAUCACAGGGUAGUCGAACUACCCACAACGAACUGGAAAAAAAUAGGCGGGCGCACCUCAGAAACUGCCUGGAAAAGUUGAAAGUACUUGUGCCUCUGGGGCCUGAAACGUCGAGACACACCACCCUUGGUCUUCUCACCAAGGCCAAACGAUUUAUCAAGAGCCUUGAGGAUAGAGAACGAAAGCAUUCAGCUCACAGAGAUCAAUUGUCGCGUGAGCAUAGAUAUCUAAGACGGAGACUCGAGCAAUUGACGAAUCAAACGGGUCUCCAUGGUUUGCGUGGUUUACAUGGAUUGGAUAAUAUCCAUGGUUUGAGUACAAGUGCACCAUCGGGUACGUCGUGCAGUCAAGCAGUUGCAGCAGCUGCAUUACUAUCCAAGAGACGAAGUGUCUCCGAAUGCUCGGUCACCACUGUCUCCUCCACGGGUUCAGCUGUGAGCUCUGGUACUUCCGACAGAUCCACUGGUAGUCCAUCCUCUGUCUCGGAAUCUGAUGAAGUCGAUGUGAUUGGAUACACGAGCAAUCAGUCCGACACUGACGACCACAGUAGCAUCCAGAGCAGCAGUGAUAGUGGUGUCGCAAUGUCCACGUCACGACUGACUCUCUCCGAAAUGAUGGACAAUCUCUAGACAAACAUGUGCGGAGUUACAUAACGAGGGAGCAUUCCGGAGGACGUUGCGUCAAGAAUGUCGCAAAAAUAAGUUGGCAAAAAUCAGCGUGAAAAAAGGCAAACUUUGAAGAGAACAAGAAAUAACCCAGUGUUUUAAAAAUCGUACAUCUCAUUAGACCUCGACGGUUGUCUGGUCGAAAUGAAGAGAGAAAGAUAACAAAAACCAUUAAUAAAUUAGUAUCGCUCAAUCACAGUCAUUAGAGAAACGUUUGAUAAAUUGAGUUGACUAGAGUGAAAAUAAAUGGACGGGUCUCAUCGAAUGAGACGAGAGCCAUGAGAGACCCUUGGUGAAAAUUAAUCGUUUUGGAUUUGAUGAAUUGGCUGGCUCCCGAGAGCGUUGUCUGUAAAUUAAUUUAAAUGUCUCACUUGUAAAAGUAUUGUAUAUAAAAACAAAAAAAAAAAACGUGAUGAGGAGUGAGUGGUCAGGAUUAAACGUGAUUAUUGGUAUGCAUACAGAGGAAAUGGAAGUAAGUGAGAGAAAAAAAAGAGGAUUAAAUGGAGUGAAUUUACGAGCGUCGCUAGCAAAUCAUGGAUUAUAUUCAGCAAUGAUGGAUAGGCAAACAUUUAUACAGCAUUGGCAUCGAGCGUUUUGCAGAAACAGCCAAGGAAAAGUACUAAAAAACUAAAAAAAAAAUGUUUAAAAAACGGAAUUAAUUAAUUAUCCGGAUCUUUAAUUAUACUUUCAGUGUUUCGCACUAUUAGAAAAGCUUUGAAUCGCCUCUAAGCUACUCGUAACUAUUAAUUUAUUAUUAUUUCUCUGUACUAAUUGUCGAUUUUACCAAAGGUAUAUGCGACAAACAUUCGUCAAUGAAUUUAAAAACAAAAAAAUAUAUUAUUUUACGCUGAUUUUUUUCUUUUUUAAAAAGAAAGUAUAAAUUAUUUACGCCACUAUCAGCUCUCGAGGCUCGCGAUAACCGUAUCUUUUAUACGUAUGCACAUAAAUAUAUACAUAUAUAUUAUGUACAUUUUCCUGGUUAUUAUUUUUUCACAUUUACUCAACACCUACGAGUGGAUAAAUUGUUUUUACAACAUCCCCUUUAACAUUUUAUUUCAGAGUAGAUAAUGCACUGAGUGAAAAAUGAAAAAACUCAAAUACGUCUUGUUUAGACCGGGAGAAGUCUGAGUUAAAAAUUAUCUAAUAUAAAUGCAAAUAUUGCCUAUAUUUUAUCAUUUUUAUUAUUUUGUUUAAGAAUUAAUUUUUAACUGUGAUUAUUGGGCGAGUAAAGUGAAACAUGGAAAAUUCAAUGAUAAAGGAGUUCUGGAAGAAAUAUUUCUCACUUGUACAGACGAUAAAUUUUUUUUCAAAAGAACAUUCAUUUUUGCAACCAAAAUGAUUUUUUAAUUUUCAAUUUAUGAUUUUUUUUGUUUAAACAAGACUGUUUCGAGAAAAUAUUUUUAUUUCUCACAGUUUAUUCGAGUGGGUCCACUGAGGCACAACAUGGGCGUGAUUAAAAAAUACAAAUUAACAAGCAAGAAAAUUAACAUUGAAGUGCUCUCAUGAACGUUGAACCAAACUUCGGUACGUGAAAAAAAGAAUAGAAGGUGAAAAAGUAAAAAAAAAAAUCCAUAAAAAGCGCAAGCUGCAAACGGGCAAAUAUGACACAGGGACGCGUGUACAACGCGUCACAAAAUAUUACUAACAAAAAAAAUCACAAAAAUAUGAGAAUCUGCGAGCACGUGGUGUUGCGGCACUCUAAUAAAACUGAAAAAGGAAAAAAAAUUAUCAUAUUAUUAAGUAUUAAAUGAAGGAAAAUGAUAAUAUUAUAAAUCAAAGAGUACAAAUUCUUUAAGUCCCUGUAUCAUGUGCAACCCGUGAGUUUAAAAUGAAAAAAAAAGGAAAAAAGUAACAAGUAUGCGUGAGGCGUUUG